AUACAAUCAUCCCUCAACCACACCUAAUAUCAACAAUACACAUACUCAUCCAUGGCCACUCCCUACUCAAAUGCUUCCACUCAAAAUUUUCUUUUAGCAUGUUUAUUUUUCUUGCUAGCCAUCAAUGUGAACUUAGCAGCAGCAAUUUCCUUCAACUUCACCGAGUUCACUGAUGAUGGGAGUCUAAUUAUUCAAGGUGAUGCCAAGAUUUGGGCAGAUGGGAGCUUGGCUCUACCCACCGACCCAUCAGUUGGUUUCACUACAAGUCGUGCUUUGUACGCAACACCAGUGCCCAUUUGGGAUUCUACCACUGGCAAUGUUGCAAGCUUUGUCACUUCUUUCUCGUUUAUUAUAAAAGACUUUGAAGAUUAUAAUCCAGCUGAUGGCCUUGUCUUCUUUCUUGCGCCGUUUGGGACUGAGAUUCCAAAGGAGUCAACUGGUGGGAGAUUUGGGAUAAUCAACGGCAAAGAUGCCUUCAAUCAAAUUGUUGCUGUAGAGUUCGAUACUUUCAUCAAUCCGUGGGACUCAAGCCCUAGACAUAUUGGAAUUGAUGUCAACUCUCUAAUUUCAUUGAAGACUGUGCCAUGGAACAAAGUGGCCGGUUCAUUGGAAAAAGUAACAAUAAUUUAUGACUCUCAAACUAAGACAUUGAGUGUUCUUGUGAUUCACGAGAAUGGACAAAUUUCCACCAUUUCUCAAGAAAUUGAUUUGAAAGUUGUGCUUCCAGAGGAGGUCAGUGUUGGCUUUAGUGCAACCACGACAUCUGGCGGCCGGGAGAGACAUGAUAUUUAUUCAUGGUCUUUCACUUCAACCUUAAACACCAACGGUGCCACGGAGAACAUAAAAAUUGCAAGCUAUGCAUGAUUUGAUCGACUUAUGGUUUGGUGAUCAGGUGUUCUGAACUUCAGUUUUUCUAUCCAGAAUAAGGAACCAUGCAUGAGCAUGGAAACAUUUAUUUAUGUUUGUGUUUGAUGUUAUCGUAUCUUCCUUUGAAUCGAGUGUACUGAUCCAGUUAGCUACUUGAAUGACUUGAAAUUUAAAUAAAAUGUUCAAUUUGGAAUGUGCCUUUAA